AUGGCGCUGAACCUCGAAAAACAGCUGCUCUUCUAUGGAGCUUACCAUAGUAAUCCCGUAAACGUUGCGAUUCACAUCACUUGCGUACCGGUUCUACUGUUUACUGGUGUUGUGCUCGCAUGCAAUUCUCCUACGUUCUUCACCCUCCCCGACGCCGUUUCCUUCGAGUACCUCCCAGCAAAUGCGGGCACGAUCGGGGCCUUCUUCUACGCCUUCUUCUAUGUGCUUCUCGAACCCGUCGCCGGUGGCCUCAUCGCACCACUCAUCAUCGGUUUCGCGGCAUGUGGUAACUAUUUGCUCGGAACCUACGGGAUGGAUGUGAACUACUGGGCUGCGGGGCUCCAUGUUAUGUCCUGGGUGUUGCAAUUUAUCGGACAUGGAAAGUUUGAGGGACGCGCCCCGGCACUGCUGGAUAACCUUGUCCAGGCGCUGCUGCUUGCGCCGCUGUUUGUAUGGAUGGAGAUCCUCUUCUUCUUUGGGUACCGCCCGGAGCUUAAGCAGCGUUUCGAAAAGAACGUGGAGAUCGAAAUUGAGAAGUUCCGCAAGCAGAAACAGCUGGACUCGACAGCGAAAUGA